AUGAUUCCACCACAUAGUAAUAUUCAUGAAGGUGAAUAUGUAUCUCAUGAUAGAAAACCUUUACCUAUAAACAGUGUCCCUUCAACUGAGAAUCUUAUAUCAACUCCAAGAGGUCAUACCCCAAUUCGUCUUAAUUCUCCUCAUUUAAGUAUGGCUGAAUUAUCAAUUCAUAACCAUAGACACAACAACCAUAAUAAUAAUAAUAAUAAUCAACAAUUUCAUCAAAGUUCUUCUACACUUCAUAACGAACAACAUAAUCAACAACAACCAUCACAAUCUUCAUCACUGAUUAUACCACAUUUUCCAAAUUUUUCACCAGAAAUGACUCAAUCUUCUGAAUUCACACGUUCUUCAACUCCUUGUUCAUUGGAUUUUUCAUCAAAUGAUGGAAUUGGAAAUGGAACUAACAAUAACAAUUGUGGAACCAAUUCACCAUAUGUUGAAGAAUCUCAUAUUCCUCAAUUAAUUCAUAAAUGGACUCAUACUCAUUCAAUAUUAUGUUGUGUUGCUUCUCCAAUCAAUAAAUUACUUUAUUGUGGUACUCAAGAUGGUAAAGUAUUAAUUUAUGAUAUGGAUACUUAUAGUUUAACUAAAAUUAUUCAAUGUGGAAGUACUGAACAACCAAUUUCAAUAUUAGCAAUGUCAUUAAAUGAAAAGAAUGAUUUUUUAUUUGUUGCAGGUUCAGAUUCAUUAAUUAAAAUUUAUGAUUUAAAAACUCAAGAAUUGCAAUGUACUCGUGUUAUUUAUUCAUUAAUUGAUAUUGGAGAUAUAUUUUCAAUUCAUUGGUGUGAAUCAAGUUCAACUAUUUAUAUUGGAGCUCAAAAUGCUUCAAUUUUAUGGUGUCAUAUAUCUUUAGAUGAAAAAUUGAUUGAAAAACAUCAUCAUAAUAUUGAAAAAUUACCUCAUUUUAGAUAUGAUAAAUUUUUUGAUUCAAAAGGUCCUGGUGGAUCUCAAAAUACUUUACAAACUCAACAUGAUUUAUUAAGAAAAAGUUCAACUAAAAAAACUAAAGUUAAAUUAUUUGAAUGUAAAAAUGAAGAUAUUGUUAGAUUUGCUCAUAAUGGAUAUAUUUAUUGUUUGGAAAUUGUUCAUAAUAUAAAUAUUAAUAAUUCAAAUGAUAAAGAUUUCUUGUUAUCUGGAGGUGGUGAUGGUUUAGUUAAUAUUUGGACAUUUGGUAACAAUACUUUGAAAAAAUAUGCUAGUUUGGAAAAUGAUGAAUCAGUAUUAUCCAUGAAAGUUCAAGAUUCUUUACUUUAUGUUGGAUUAGGUGAUUGUUCAAUUAAUGUUUGGGAUUUAGUAACUUUACAAAUGAUUAGAUCUUUUCAAUUUGGAGGUAAUUAUGAUGAAGUUUUAAGUUUAGAUGUUUAUAAUAAUUCAAUUUUUAAAGCAUGUUCAUCAUCAGGUUUAGUUAAAUUAUCAACCAUGACAAAUUCUUCAAAUCUUUCCGAUGGUAUAAUGAUGAGUGUACCUGAAGAAGAUGGAAUUAUUAAUGCUGUUAAAACAUUUUCAAUUGAUUCAAAAACUUUCUUACUUGCUGGUGGUACUAAAUCAUUAUCACUUUGGGAUAUUUCUGAACCAAAUAAUUUUAAAGAACAAAUCACAUCACCGGCAAAUUCUUCUUCUUUAUCAAAUUCAAUAUCUAAAAAAUUAACCAAUGAUGAUUUAUUAUGUAUGUUGAAGAAAUAUGUUUCUUAUAAAACAAUCAGCAAGAAUCCACAAUUAUAUUUAGAAGAAAGUCGUCAUUGUGCACAAUUUUUAUCUAAAUUAUUAAAUAAAUUUGGAGCUUAUCAAACUAAAUUAUUACCUGUUGAAAAUGGUAACCCAAUAGUUGUUAGUGAAUUUAAAGCCAAUGCAAAUGUUAAAGAUACUACCAAGAAAACUAGAAUAUUGUGGUAUGCUCAUUAUGAUGUUGUUGAUGCUACUAAAAAUGAAGCUAUUGAUUGGAGUACUGAUCCAUUUGUAUUAACACCAAAAGAAGGUAAUCUUUAUGCAAGAGGAGUUUCGGAUAAUAAAGGUCCAACAUUAGCAGCAAUUUAUUCUGUUGCAGAAUUAUAUGAAAAACAAGAAUUAAAUUGUGAUGUUGUAUUUGUUAUUGAAGGUGAAGAAGAAUGUGGAUCAGUUGGAUUUCAACAAGUUAUUAGUGAAAAUAAAUCAUUAAUUGGAGAAAUUGAUUGGAUUAUGUUGAGUAAUUCAUAUUGGUUAGAUGAUAUUACACCAUGUUUAAAUUAUGGAUUAAGAGGAGUUAUAAAUGCUUCAAUUACUAUUAAAUCGGAUAAACCUGAUCGUCAUUCAGGUGUUGAUGGUGGAGUUUCUGGUGAACCAACAAUGGAUAUGAUGCAUAUUUUAAGUAAAUUAAUGGAUCCUGUGAGUAAAAAAAUUCAAUUACCUGGAUUUUAUGAUAAUGUAUUACCUUUAGAUAAAGAUAGUGAAAAACUUUAUGAUAAAAUUGCUGAUUAUUUAGGAAUCGAUGCAAAAACAUUAAUUGUUAAAUGGAAAGAACCUUCUUUAACCAUUCAUAAGAUUCAAGUUUCUGGUCCAAAUAAUAAUACCGUUAUUCCACAAUUAGUUAAUGCAACUAUAUCCAUGAGAAUAGUACCAAAUCAAGAUUUAGAAAUUAUUAAAAAAUCACUUAUUGAUUCAUUAAUUAAAAAUUUCAAAGAUUUAAAAUCUGAUAAUCAUUUACUGAUUGAAAUUUUCCAUGAAGCUGAACCAUGGUUGGGUGAUUAUCAAAAUAAAGUAUAUUCAAUAUUAUAUAAUAAUAUCGUCAAACAUUGGGGUCAAGAACCUUUAUUUAUCAGAGAAGGUGGUACUAUCCCUUCAAUUAGAUUUUUGGAGAAAUGUUUUAAUGCCCAAGCAGCACAAAUCCCAUGUGGUCAAUCAAGCGAUAAUGCUCAUUUAAAGGAUGAAAAAUUAAGAGUAUUGAAUUUAUAUAAAUUAAGAUCAAUUUUAACUGAUAGUUUUAAAGAAUUAGGUAAUGCCUAA